AUGCUGAGAUUCGCUGGGAGGAGGCUGUCGUCUCUGUCAUGGCGGUCCGGUCAGGCUCCGCCGGUCGCUUUCGUUGCCAAGAAUCCGUUCUCCGCCGUUGAUUCGCCAGACAUCUCUUUCUCUCGCACCAACCCUUUUUUGGAUCAAAUCAGAGGCUAUUCUAUCCACACCCCCACGCAGGAUAACCUCUCCGUAAUUCCAAACGUCCCCCCCACAGUGGCCGCGAUCAAGAACCCCAGCUCGAAGAUCUCCUACGACGAGAGCAACCACGAACGGUACCCGCCCGGCGACCCGAGCAAGCGCGCGUUCGCCUACUUCAUUCUCACCGGCGGCCGUUUCGUGUACGCCUCUCUGGCUCGUCUCCUUGUGCUCAAGUUCGUCCUCAGCAUGUCAGCCAGCAAGGACGUUCUUGCCCUCGCCUCUCUCGAGGUGGACCUGUCGAGCAUCGAGCCCGGGAGUACUGUCACGGUAAAGUGGCGCGGGAAGCCUGUUUUCAUCCGCCGCCGAACGGAAGAAGAUAUCAAGACGGCAAACAGCGUGGACUUGGCCUCGUUGCGGGACCCACAGGAGGAUUCGGUUCGGGUAAAGAAUCCCGAAUGGCUUGUUGUGGUUGGUGUGUGUACUCACCUGGGAUGUAUUCCUUUGCCGAAUGCUGGGGAUUUCGGUGGAUGGUUCUGCCCGUGCCAUGGGUCUCACUAUGAUGUCUCGGGAAGGAUUCGGAAGGGUCCAGCGCCUUACAAUCUGGAGGUGCCAACCUACAGUUUCUUGGAUGAGAAUAAGUUGUUGGUCGGGUGA